AUGUCACCUUCUAAACCCGCCCUACCAGCAUCCAACUCCUAUUCCUCAUUUCGCAAUGUCUCGGCUUGCAACCGCUGUCGUCUUCGCAAAAACCGCUGUGAUCAGAAUCUUCCCCGUUGCCUAUCAUGCGAAAAGGCCCGCGUUCACUGCGUUGGAUACGACCCCACUACGAAGCGGGAAAUACCCCGCAGCUACGUGUUUUUCUUAGAGUCCCGCCUGGCAUACUUAGAAAAAUUACUCAUCGAGAAUGAUAUCGAGUUUAGGCCACCCGAACCUUAUGAGGGAGAGGAGGAAUUCGAUAAACUGGCGGGAAUUGGGUUAGUUGCCCCUCCUGGGAAAUUGCCUCUAGAGGGGGAUAGCGGUGCUGCGCGGCCGCCUUUCGUUAAAAAUAUGAAAAAUCAGGAAAAGGUAAUUAGGGCCAGAAAGGAUUCAAAUCUUAAGGUCAAGCGUGAAAGAGAAGCGGAUGAUGAAUUGGCCUGUGAUUCUAUCUCGAGGCCGGAUGAAGAAGACAAAUCCGCUAUCGAUGUGGAUAUUAAACGCCAAGAAGACGAAGAUGAUCGUCGGGUCGAAGAUCUCGUCUCAAAUAUUGGUAUGGUAUCAGUUCAAGGCGCAUCGGAUCCGCGAUAUCUUGGUUCCACGUCUGGCAUCUCAUUCGCUAGGGUUGUUUUCUCGGCGGUCAGAAGCUCUGUUUCCACCAACACAGCUGAGCGGGCAGCGCCCAGACCCACUGAACGCCAAAAGGCCAGGUCAAGCACGAGUAGUGGUCCAAGUUCCAUGCGUGACUCCUUUUUUGGGCUGCAGGCCAGGCCGACCAUGAAGCAGGCACCUUUCCCUGACCAAGCAGUCGCAGAGCGGCUUGUAAACUUAUAUUUCGAGCACGCAAAUCCGCAAAUUCCAAUUUUACAUAGAGGAGAGUUUAUGGAAGUUUUCCGCCGAAUAUAUUCAGUGGAUAAGGGUAGGCGGUCACACCGAGACCUCUACCUUCUGAAUGUCGUGUGUGCUAUUGGUGCGGGCAUAAUUUUCGACGCGAAAAGUGAUGUCCACGCGCAAGAGGAGGAGGUCCGGCUGAGUCACAAUACGUCUCCUACACCCCCUUCACAGAAAAGGCAGAAGUUAUUUCUCCAACAGUAUCAACCAGAGGAAUACCAUGCUUCUGCUGUGGUGGAUUUGGAAGGGUUUCUUGGCUCAUCUCAACACACUGACGGAUUUGGCGGUCUUGAAGAGCUCCAGGCCGUUUUACUCUUAGCGAGUUUUGCCCUUUUACGCCCCGUUGCUCCGGGUCUGUGGUAUAUUAUUGGAGUUGCGGUGCGUUUGGCAAUCGAUCUCGGGUUACAUUAUGAGGAUGGAACUGGCAUAGAUUCCUUGAGCGACCAAGAAGAUAAUUCUCUAAAAACGAAAUCCAAGGAUGGUUCAAGUGGCAAGUCCCGAGACGGUCGAAAAGUUAGAAUGAAGGUCGACCCUCGAGAACGCGGGAGGCGGGAAUGGGUUCGGGACCUUCGCCGGCGACUGUGGUGGUGUACCUAUAGCUUUGACAGGUUGGUCAGCACCUGUGUUGGUCGUCCCUUUGGGAUCACAGACCAGGUCAUCACCACUGAAUUCCCUUCCUUACUCGAUGAUAAAUACAUUACAGAAGCGGGAUUCCUUCACCCACCAGCAAACGCAGCAAGUUACAAACACGUCUCACAACACUACUUCAAACUUCGUCUCCUACAGUCAGAAAUUCAACAGGUCCUCCAGCACCAGCAGGCAUUAAUGGCUAGGAAAAUCGGCAAGAACCGCAGUAACACGUUCAUGCAUACAAAGCUCCCGUCACCGUUCCUAGCUAAAUUCGACUCGUUCCGUUCGUGGAGGGAUGAUAUCCAACGACGCUUAGCGGAAUGGAAACACUCUGCUCCGGCCCCUCAUCAGAUUGGAGUGCAGUUUUCCGUUGAAUUCCUGGAACUCAAUUACUGGCAGGCGCUCAUCAUGUUAUAUCGCCAGAGCCUCGUUGUGCCGGAUCCGUUGGCCGGUGAACUUAGCCCGACAGAGAAUAUAUCGAGUCCAUCCAUGACUAACGUCGAAGAUGUCGAAGAUGAAGAUGAUAUAUACCUCAAGGUUGCGGAAGCUGGGCAGAAGGUCUUGCGAUUGUAUCGUCAAUUGCAUCGGGUCAGGCUGGUCAACUAUACCUACUUGGCUACCCAUCAUCUUUUUAUGGCGGGAAUAUCAUUUCUCUAUGCGAUUUGGCAUUCACCUGUUGUUCGAAGCCAUCUGACCCUCGAUGAUGUCGAUUUCACUAUUCUUGCUGCAACAUCGGUACUUGGGGAUCUCAUGGAGAAGUGCCCGCCUGCCGAAGCUUGCCGAGAUGCUUUUGAACGCAUGAGCAAGGCAACGGUUCAAAUGUGCCUUUCUACCACUGGAUUUGGCUCUCAUGCUACAACUGAAACAAACAGAUUCGACAUGGUGACACCUAACCCUGGUAAUGAAACUACCCAGUCCUUUGAAGAACACUCACCACCGGUGUCUUUGGGAACUCACCAGCAACAUCAGCUAUUCGACCAACAACAAACCGCACCCGUCCAACCACAGUUUGGAAUGGAAGUUCAUGAGCUCCUCCCUAAAGACUCGAUGGAUGAAAGCGUAUGUCAGCCAGAAGAAUCACAGGACCCCAAUGGCGGCCCUGCGGCCCAGCACCCUGUACGAACCAACCAAUACAUCUCCAAGGAAUAUCAAACCAGACAGCCCUAUCCGGCACAGCAAUCGCAUUCGCACCCUCAUCAACAUCUGCAGCAGCAGUGCCAGCAUCAGGCUACACAUAUUCAAUCCCACCAACAACAACACCAACAUCACCAGCCAUACCCCUACCCAAACCAAAAACACCAAACCUCCAACUAUCACCUCAGCCCCCGCUCCCUACCCCACCAACCACCAUACGGUGACCAAUACCCCUCCAACCGGCAAUUCACCGACAGAGCUUCACCGGCCACAAGUUCCAUCUCCGUCUCCACCUCCAUUACCAGUCCGGUCAUCCCUCACAGUGACAAUCAUAAAACAGAUACCCUCUACGACCGGCCAACCGGUGGCAGUGACUCUGACACAACAGGUGAUAUUAACAUGAACAUGCUCUCCUUACCUAGCUUUAGCGAUGCUUCUUCUUUGGUAGGCGGCGGCGGACCGAAUCCGGGCACGGGGCUGGAUUUGGGAUUCGGCAUGGCGAUGGAUUUCCAACAUGGUUGGAGUGAAGGGGUUGGAUAUGACUUGUUUGAUGGGUUCUUUUUUGGGGCGGUUGGGUUUGGUGCUGGGGCUAGUGGGUUUGGGAACGGGGAUGGUGAUGCUGAUAAUGGGGGCGGAGGGAAUGGGAAUGACAGUAUUGCUGGUGGCGGAAUUGGGGGGGAUGGCUGA